AUGUCUAGCCAUUUCAACGCCCUCCCGCUGGAGGUUAUCCUCCACAUCCUGUCGUAUCUUCCCUUUGAGGCACUUGUUGCCUUCGGCGGGGUAUCUCGCGCAAGUUAUCGCGCACACAUCCUGUGUCUACGGCGCCUGCGGUUAGCGGUCUUCGAAAAACGGAUCCACUGCAUGAUCUCUCAUCUCCAGGCGGGAUGGGCUACUCCCGAGCAAGUAGGCAAGUUUGCGGGGGAUGAGGAUAUCCGAGGAGACUACACGAUCUCUAUCAUCCAACCCAAUGUCAAACGCAUCGACCACGACGCCGCCCGCAAGCCGUCAACGAAGACGAAUGAGCCAAGAAGCCGCAGCCAAUCGCAGCAGGACAGAUCUCGGGUCCAGGACCAGAUGAUUCGCAUGCAGAAUAGAGUCUUCACCAAGUUGGUGAACCGGUACGGGCCGUCACUGAUAAAAUUAGAGUUCAUGGCGUAUGACAUCGACAUCGAAGGUGCCCAGGCUUUGUCCACCAAAUGCCAACACACCCUGCGUCAUCUGGCAUUGCGCUUCGAGCAUCCGCAUAUCCGAGAUGGCUACAUGAGGCCUAGUUCUUGGCUUCAUCCUGCACCAGCCAGCACUGUCUGGAAUCUUCUCAUCGGCAUUGGACAAUAUCAGGGCAUGGGAAUGUCGGGCCUGGAGUCCCUGGUAAUGGAGAGGGCAGGCAUCACGCCGUGGCAACUAAUGAUGCUCGUGAGGAAUAAUCCACGACUAACCGUGCUCAAAAUGCGGACUUGCCGCGGCGUGCAGCCCGAAUUCCUCGAUUGGCUCGGAGGGGUGAGCAGAGACACAGAAGAGGAGGAUUUCCUGCGGACCGAAGAUAAAUGCCAUGUGCCCGGAGAGAAUUUGGAAGUCCUCUGGCUGGAGAAUUGCCACCAGAUUGUGACCAAAUCUCACGAGCAUCCCAAGGACCUGGCCCAUGACAGCUGUGAUCUUGGGCUUGAAUGGGUCCGGGGUCUGAAGAACCUCAAGUCUCUCUCUCUCAACGAAUGUAUGAAUAUUUCAUCCGAGUGCGUCGAUCGGGCGAAUCAGACUAUUUGGAAGAUCGACGAAGUCGUCUUGCCAUACUCUUACCACUCCCCUGACUCAACCAUCGAAGUGGACCCGGCGUUGCUAUAAUCUAUGACGAUCAAUGGGCGUUUGGUGGGACUGGCACAUUGUCUUGCAUAUCUCUUUAUUUGGUCUUGUUCGGAUUAGCGGGU